AUGUCACUUCUUACAGAGCUGCAGCAGGAGAGACUACGGCAAAGGUAUGAGGACAAUGAGGAGGAUGCCCAAAGUGAAUUCAACUACAUGUCAGAAAGGGAUUCUAGAAAGACUGAAGGUGAGUCACUAGGUUUUGCAUUGGGACAGACAAACCGAGAAAAUAAUGCAGUAAUGUGUACUCCUACUCCUAUGAUAAAUCUGACGUUACCAACUCCAGAUACCUUCUCUUUUACUCCGAAUGAGUGGCAUUCCUGGAGGAAUCGCUUUCAAAGGUACAGACGGGGGUGCGGUCUAGAUAGCACUUCCGACGCUCGGCAAAUCGAUGUACUUUUGUUUACAAUGGGUAGUAGGAGUGAAGAUAUUUUCGAUUCGUUUUCACCAAAACCGAAUACUUAUGACGAGGCUCUUCGGGCCUUUGAUGCAUACUUUGUGCCAAGACGAAAUAUCAUUUAUGAGAGAACAAAAUUUCUGAGACACAAGCAAGGGAGUGAUCCAUCUGAAAAAUUCAUAACAGAUUUGCAUGGUCUUGCAAAAACGUGUGCAUGGGGUGAACUGAACGAUGAGAUGGUGCUUCUGGUCCUCAUUAUUGGUAUGAAAGAUGAGGCUCUAAGUGAUAGACUCCAGCUGGACUCUCAAUUGACUCUGGAGAAGGCGAUUAAUACCUUGCGCCAACACGAGGAGCUAGAACGCCAAAAACGUGAGCUCGCCAAUACUAAUGUUUUUAUGGUGAAUCAAACGUCAAUACAAGUCGGUAAAACAAAUCUGUCUGAAAGAGCUGGUGAACAGAAAUUCACCGAGGAUGCUAUGAGAAAAAAGUGCAGGAAAUGUGGUUAUAACUGGCACGGAUCACUGGCCGAAUGCCCUGCUAGGAAAGCCAAAUGUGACAAAUGUUCCGAGAUUGGACAUUUUUUUCGAUGUUGUGCCUCCCGCGAAAAGUGGAUGAGAAAAAACAAAAACGUUGUUAAGGAAAUCGAACAGCAAGAUUCAGACAGUGGUUAUCAACAGGUUCCUGAGAUUUUCAUAGGGAAUAUAGACAGCAGUGACAAAGCCUGGGUCCAGGAGGUAAAAGCAAGCUGUGGAAACCAAGAUUUAGGUCUUAUAAAAUUUAAACUUGACACAGCAGCUGAUGUAACCAUGAUUCCAGUAGGAGUUCUUGGUGAUUUUAUUAAGACUCUACCUCUAGGAAAGUGCAAAUCCCCUGUGUUUAGCGCAAAGAAGAAAGAACGAAUCAAUAUUUUGGGAACUUUAAGGCUAAAGCUUGAACAUAAGGGUGUAUCAGUUUAUGAUCUUGCGUAUAUUUCUGAGGAGAUCACUGUUCCACUUCUUAGCAGACGUUCCUGUGAAGAGCUGAACCUGGUGAGGAGAAUUUUUUCUGUAGAUUCACAUGAUAUUGACUGGGCUACUAAGUAUCCUAAUUUAUUUCAAGGGCUGGGAAAUAUGAAAGGAGAGUACAAGAUUGAAAUGAAGGAGAAUGCAGUUCCUUACGCUAUAUCCACCCCCAGGGUUGUACCAAUACCUUUAAAAACCAAGGUGAAAGAGCAGUUAGACGAUAUGCUUGAGAAAGGAGUGAUUGUUCCAGUUGAACACGCGACUGAUUGGUGCGCACCAAUGGUAGUUUGCGCAAAAAAGGGAGGUGGGGUUAGGAUCUGCGUAGACCUAUCAAAACUCAACAACAGUGUGAAACGUCGGUUUUAUCCUAUCCCAAAGAUCGAACUUUCAUUGGCCGAGAUCGCGGGAGCCAAGUACUUCAGCAAGAUCGAUGCGAAUUCCGGGUUCUGGCAACUGAACCUUGCAGAGGAGUCACAAGAUUACACAACAUUUAUCACCCCUUUUGGGAGGUAUAAAUUCCGUAAGUUACCUUUUGGAAUUACGUCCGCUCCUGAAGAGUUUCAGCGCCGCAUGUCAAAAGCUUUAGAAGGGGCAAAGAACUGUUUAGUGCACAUUGACGACUGUCUGAUAUGGGGAAGAACGAAAGAAGAACACGACGAGUGUCUUAGGGCCGUUUUAGAGAGAGUGCAAGCUAAUGGAAUCACCUUGAAUAAGCAGAAGUCGGAGUUCUGCAAGAAGACUGUGACAUUUCUGGGGUUUGUGCUGUCUAAGGACGGAGUCAAGCCUGAUCCAAGCAAGGUACAAGCGAUUGUGGACUUACCAGCUCCAAGAAACGCUAAUGAAGUACAAAGAUUCAUGGGCAUGAUCACUUUUCUGGCAAAAUUUAUUCCGAACCGCAGUGAGAUUUUGGAGCCAAUUACGAGCUUGUUAAAGACUAAAAACGAUUUCCUUUGGGGACCAGCUCAAGAAAACGCUUUUGUCACAGUAAAACAGAUUUUAUCAUCAGAGCCAUGUUUGACUGUUUACGAUCCGCAAAAACCCUCGAUUCUUUCUUGCGAUGCUUCAAAAAAAGGUCUUGGAGCAGUUUUACUUCAAGUUGAAGGAGAAAACAAGAAACCUGUGGCAUAUAUAUCUCGGACUCUAACGCCUGCUGAAGAAAACUAUAAUAACAUUGAGAGAGAAGCGCUUGCGUGCACAUGGCUCUCACCGAGGCUACAGCGGUUCCGAAUGCGUAUGAUGAGAUACGAUUAUCGCAUGACCUGGACCCCAGGAAAAGACCUUGCCAUAGCAGAUCUACUAUCAAGAAGUCCUAUUCCGGCUGACGAAGAUGGCGAAUUGACCGAAGAAGUGGAAGCCUUCGUCCACGAAAUCAGUCUGAUUAGUAUAAACACUACAGAUGAAAAUGUGACAAAGGUACUUCACUCACAAAUGAGAGAUCCAAUCUGUGCACAACUUAAGUUACAAAUUUUAGACGAAUGGCCUGUAAAAUCAAGUUUACCUAAUGAGAUUCAAGAGUACUUUAAUGUGAAAGACGAGUUAAGUUGUAUUGAUGGGCUAUUGCUUCGAGGAACUCGGAUGAUAAUACCUCAAGAACUACGAGCGGAAAUGCUCGAGAGGCUUCACAGUGGACACUUGGGAAUCACAAAAACAAGGAAACGUGCUUUGGGAACCAUGUGGUGGCCUGGAAUUUCUCAAGAAAUAGAAAGGAAAAUCAAAUCGUGUCCAGUGUGUAUUCAGAACUCAACUAAUCACAGUGAACCAUUGAUUCCGAGAACUGUCCCGGAUUACCCGUGGCAAAAUGUGUCUGUUGACUUGUUCAAACACGAAGACAAGUGGUAUAUGGUUAUCGUGGAUCACUACUCAAGAUACUUUGAAGUCGAGGAAAUGCAUCGAAUGAGGGCUUCAGAUGUGAUUCGGGUUUGCAAAACCACAUUUUCACGUUUUGGAAUUCCUCAACGUGUUUAUUCAGAUAGUGGGACACAAUUUCACCAUAUUGACUCAAGUGAAUUUAAAUUGUUUGCAAAGGAGUGGGGGUUCUCCACAUUCAGAAGUAGUCCCCACCACCAUCAGGGAAAUGGGGCAGCUGAAGCAGCUGUGAAAGUAGCAAAAGGGCUAAUGAAGAAAAACAAGGAUAAAUUUGAACUUGCCCUACUUUCUUACCGGACCUCACCUCUUGAAACCGGCUUUUCCCCAUCUGAACUUAUGUUUGGAAGGAAAUUAAGAGACAAUCUUCCAUCUACUUUGGUUGGAAAUCCUGUGGAAAAUAAGAAUUUUCUUGAGAGGGAGAAUAAGUACCAGAAUAAGUACAAGAUACAAUUUGAUAAACGACAUGGAGCGAGUGGUUUAAGUGAAUUAGAAGUUGGAAGCAUGGUAUGGAUCACAGAUCUACGUCGACACGGUAAGGUAGUCAGGAAAUUGAACGAACCACGUUCCUACCUUGUGGAAACUGACAAGAGAACUAUUCGCCGAAACAGGAAGUUCUUAGUUCCUGCACCGUACUACGGAGGAGAUGGAAUUCUUUCAAACUGUUCAUCCAUGGUCCUUAAUCGUCCAUGCAACUCACGUGAUCGUCCAGGAGCUGGCACAGUAACCAGUUACGGAAGGUCCAUUAAGAAACCGAGGCGGUACUGA